CGGGCAGGAGCUGCCGCAGCCGCCGCAGCAGCCGCAGCCGGGCGGCCGCGCUCGCCGAGCAGCGGGAGGGCCCCGCCGCUCACCUGUUGGCCCGGGCCGCCGCCGCCCGCCUUCCCCCGCCCGGCCGCCGCCAUGGCGGAGACCGAGGAGCGGAGCCUGGACGACUUCUUCGCGAAGCGGGACAAGAAGAAGCGGAAGGAGAAGAGCAGCCGAAGUGCCGCCGCCGCUGCCGCCUCCAGCGCUUCCAACGCUGGCUCCAACGCGGCGGGCGCGGGCGCGGGGACCCCGCGACCGACUGAGGGCGGUGGCUCCGGGGCCGCCGCCGCCUCCGGCGCCGCCGGCGGCUCCUCGGCCAAGGCGGCGAGCAAGGAAGAGGAUGAUUGGAAGGAGUUUGAGCAAAAGGAAGAAAUUGAUUAUAGUGGUCUUAGAGUUCAGUCCAUGCAAAUAAGUGAAAAAGAAGAUGAUGAAAGUGAAAAAAGAGAAGAACCUGGUGACAGUUGGGAAGAGACUGGUGGUGGUGGUGGUGGUGGUGUAGACAGAUCGUCUGGUCCUUGGAACAAGUCAGCUCCUCCACCAGCCCCUGUUGUUGAACCAAUUGUUACAGAAACUCCAGAGCCAGUGCAGACUGGUGGCGUGUACCGGCCACCCGGCGCCAGGGAGGGCGGGCGGCCACGGAGAGCACAGCAAGGACCACCAGAGAUCUACAGUGACACUCAGUUCCCAUCACUGCAGUCCACCGCCAAGCUCGUAGACAGUCGAAAGGAUAAAGAAAUGGAGAAGAGCUUUGAAGUAGUAAAAUACAAAACUAGAGGUAGGGAUGAGGUCUCAAAAAACCAGGCACUUAAACUUCAGCUAGACAACCAGUAUGCUGUGCUUGGGGAUCAGUAGAGCCGCACACACAGUACAAUUAAGGAAUGCUUUUUUGGUAACCCUUCUACUAAGGUAACUAAACUACAGCUAACAGCUAUGAUGAACAUGCCACCUUAUUUCUGCUGGAUCUACUGCAGCAAGUGCAGACUACUUUGACGUAAGUGAUUGGUUCUCCUGCACUAUGGAAGCGUAAUAUGUUGCAACUUCUCCAUUGGAUAUGGGGCAAAUUAAUGUAAAUGAUUGAACAAGAGUCAUCAGUGUUCUUUAAUUGCUCAGAAAGAUACCUACAGCCAGUGGUCAUUUCAAAAUCUUUUUAUGUUCAGAUACUGAGCCUUCGUAAAGGUUGACUACCUCAGACUUGAUGCACUCAUUGUGGACACCAUGUGGAUCACAACUUCUGGAAGAGAAGGUUACAGCUGUUUUAGUGGCCAUCUGAAACUUGAAACCAGCUCUACUGGAUUCCUGUCAGAAAUCCUGCAGAAGUCAGCCAUUUGGUUCCAAUUUGCUAUAACAAAGAUUUAAGUGACCUUAAUGACAAACCUGUUCGUUCCCCUUCUGAGGAAUCCUGUCGUGUGUAGCCAUAGCCUACUAGAGACUUCUGGAGCGUCCCAUACCACUCACACUAUCCAAGUACAACAGAGCUGUAGUUUGUUUACCUUUCUAGAGUGCUGUACGGAAGUAACUGCAAAACAAAUUAAAACUCAUUCAAGUAUCAGAUUUCAGGAAUGAUGGGUUUGAAUAGUUUGUUUGCAUUAGCCAUUUUCAAAGUUGUCUGUUUAAGUUUUUUUUUUUUCUAUUACCCAUAAAAAAAAUGCCUGCCUUGUUUCUGAUAUCCAUUUGCAGUAUAUUUAAACAAUGAUAAGAUGUUGUAGUGAAAUAGGGUUUAUUUUGGUUUUUGUCAUGAAGUUUGUCUUUCUCACCCUAAAGCACUAAGACUUAGAGUUUUGAUUUGACACAGAGGUAUCCAGGCUCCCAACUACAGUCUUCAGAAUUUGUCCUUUAAAAAUGAGACAUGUGGCAGUAGGGGUACUAGAUAAAAACUAUCUUCUAUCAAAAACAAUUAUUUGUUUGUUGAGGAGUGAUGCUUACUUGAUAAGCAGAAUAACUUAAUAUGCAGAGAGAUAACUAAAGCUGGUAAGCCUGAUUUGUUUGGCUACUUCUGUGAAGCAUGCAGCUCUCUGAGGCAGCAAUCCUCCAAGUAUAAUUCAUAAAUGGUGUUUAUUCACAGUCAAGAAGUUUAGUAAUGACGGAAAGCAGUGACUUGUUAAGUUACUUAAUUUAGUGGAAGUAGGCAAAAUGGCACUGGUACACUAGGAAUAUAGGACAUUGCCUGUAACUGUUUCAGUGAACCAAACCUGUCAAGUACCAGAAGUGUUCUGCUGUAACUGUUUUUCUCUUCUCUGAAUUUUUACACCAGAAGCAAAAUGAAGUACAAUAAUGGUGUGCUCCAGUGUUGAGGUUUCUCAGAGUAAAUGCCAAAAAAUAGACCCAACAUCCAUAAGAGUUGCCAAUGGCAAGAAAAACAAGGGAGCAAAACAAAGCUUGCUUAUGUGUGUGGGAGUACUGUGUAUGUGCAGAAGAUAAGGAUAGUUCAGGAGUCACCCAGUUGGGUUCCUUUUGACUAACUGCUGACUUGCUUUAAAUUUACUUCUCUGAGGCCAAUGCAGAUUUUGCUGUUGACUUCAGUGGGGCUGGGGUUUCACCUGGUUCUUUCAUGCACAGACUAAAACUGGCCUUGCCCUUGCAGAGUUAACUGUCUAUAAAAAUUCUGCUAGAAGCUGCUAUUAAAGAGAGGGCUCAAGUUCCUAAAGUUGGAGACUUCAUUUGGAAACAAAACCCCGCUGAAAGACUGAUACCAAUACCUUGGACUCUGAGCCAUGUAUCUUCCUUGAAAAUCCAUUGUUGCCAGCAAAAAUGUUGUUGUCACAAUUUCUUGUGGAAUUCAUGGUAAAUGGACAUGUCACUUGAUGGGGUAGAGAUGUGAAGUCUUAAAAUGCUUUUCCUGAUGCUCUAAAGAGAUUGAGAUCACUAAUGCACAUGAAUAGUUUUAGUCUCCUGUAUGAAGGGUAGAUGAGACUGUCCAUUGUACCACCUUUAAUCUGAGGUUUUUGGGCAUGAAUUCUGGCAGUUCAAGAAAACCCUGUAAAAGUUUCAAAUCAAAUAAAAUGGAAAUAUACAUGGAUUCUGGAGUCUAGUGAGUCUUUACAUUUUAGUUUGAGCUCAUGACUGUACAGUAGCAGAGGAUACAGAGCAUUUGGAUUUCUUAAGGGAUAGGCCAUGGAGUGGGCAGUUGUCCUUAUGGCCAGGUGGGCUCUAUUUCAGAGCUUAUAGCAGAGCAUAUUAAUAAAACUUUUAUUUAUACAUAGAAGUUUAGUGUGCUGUCUGGCACAGUGUCUUCUUACUCCCACCAUAUAGGACUGGUUUGAGAUGGUGAGUUGAGUAUGAAUGUAGCUUUGAUUUGCUUUUCACUUGAAAGUACCUCUGCUAAAUUAAAGAAUGGGGAAGAAAAACCCAGCCUCUAGAUGGCUGCUAUCACUGGAGCCCAUCAGGUACUGAUAACUAAAGGUGUUCCUUUGGGGGCUUCUCUCAAGCAUAUCAUUCCAGUUUCUUUCUGGAGGCAUAAGGAAAAAAAAUCGGAAGCGCUGCAGAUUUCUGUAGUACAGAAUGUUAAAACUGUUUUAAAAGAAGUGUUUCUUGUGUUAAAUAUAGCUGCCAGCAACUAUCAAAAUGCCAAUUGUCAGUAUCUUCCUUGUACCAAGUAAUUGUUUUGCAUGCCUGAAAUUUUGAAAGUCAGUCCUCUGUGGAAGCUUGGUAUGCUUUGGAGACUCUGAAGUCCAACUUUAUCUGGUUUGUUGUUGCAUUCAUUCGAGGCAUGCUAAGAAUGUCCUUUUCAUUCCUUCAAAAUGCUUGUUUGAAGGCGUAUUCCAUAAAUGAAGGGUUUUCAGUUGUCCUUGAUGCCAGUCAGUUUAAUGCAGUUGUGUGCUGCUUCAGGGACUCCCUGGCCUGUGACACGCUUUUAUGGUGGGUUGCUUGUUAAUUCCCAGUUUAAAGGUUUUUAUUUCUUUGGCUUACAAUAAAACAGAGCCAUGAAGGUACCAACUUACUGGUAGAACGUUGAAAUGUCCAGUGCUUACUGGGAAAAGAACAGUUUGGAUUUGUUUCUCAAUGAUACAGUCUGUAUUUAAGGAUGUUAAAAUUCUAAAAACUAGGUAACUUCAAUAAAGUUGGACUUCGCAAAUGUCUACUGUAGGUAUCUGGAAUCUGUAUUGAGCUGAUGAUAAAUGUAGGAGAGGAUUAGUUUUGCCCCUCCCCGUCUCUCCCAGUUUAGCUGUGUCAUGUUUAAUCUUAUUCACAAAUGAAGAGGAAUGGACAACUAAAAGUGACUGUGUCCUGCUACUUCAGUUUUGUAUUUGUAGCUAGCUUUAGCAGUCAUGUCCACAGUAACUUACAUGAAUUUUAAUGGUACAAAUUGUGCUAGAGGCCUGACACCACAGGGAAUAGGGCUUUUGGUAUUUGACUGCAUCCGUCAGCUCUUGGAAACUUUUAACACACCAUGGCUGAGACCUCUGUGCUGUUCAGGUCAAGUAAACACAAUAUAAAUUUGAUUGGGCUGCACAUCUUGGAGUUUGCUUAUCUGAGCUUCUGCAAUAGUUGUAGUUUUUGCCUUUCUAAUUUCUGCCUGGUUGAGCAGUUUUAAAGUCGCUUGUGGUUUUCUGUCAAAUACCCUAACUAAAAUGGAGCAGGGAUUAAUACAGCUUCAUGUGCUUAAAUAAGGUUGCUUACUUACAAGGUAGUAAUGUUAUUCUUUCCAAGAUUGAUGUGGUCAGAAAUUUAUACCUCAGUGGCCCAAGUAACUAAAUUAUACCAAAACCACCUUGAGUACCAUAAAAUCUUUAUGAACACCCACAAUCCAGGUUUUGUUGCCUGACUGUAACUUAGUUCCCAAAUUCUCUCUCCCUGUUUUCAGCUUUUAAUGUUAAAACUUGUUUUUAAUGAUAAAUAGGGGCUUUUGUUUGGCAGUAUAAGAAAAUAAUAAGUGUACUUAAACUUCGGAUAUACAAAUUAGGUAUGUACAGAGAGGAGGAAGUCUGACAUAUUUGCAGAUAAACUCUCCGGAAAAAGUUAAAAAGAUAGCUUGUCUGUAUUGAGGUUAAUAUGAGAGCCUGCAAGCUCUAGCAGAUGAAGGAAGAAAUGACAGCAGAAAACAGAACUGAGGAGUCUUAAGUCAUAAAUAUUGUGUAUCUAAAGUUUGGCUCCUCAAGCAUCACCUGUAGUUCUACCAUGUUCUGUUUGAAGUGAAAUAGAGCAGGAAGGAAGAUUAAUAAAUAAAUAAAUCAGGGAGAGUGGAAAUUAUGCAAAUAAAACAUAGGUGCUAUAAGAAGAGAGGGAUUACAAGGGCUGUUUUCUAAAUGAUAACAUUAAGUGCGUAGCCUGAGGCAGGGAGUGGAGCGUAAGAUGUUGGAUAGUACAAGUGCUGCCUGUAUAGGUACUGCUUGCACAAGUGACAGAGUCAUCUGACUUUAAAUCAGCAAAACUGUUUAAAGUUCAGUACUUGGGGAAGGCAGCCCAUUUUAUUUCUUCCUUUCAACAAAUUGGGAGAAUCUGUUCAGAGAGAAGGUAGAAUUUUGCAUUGGUAUGAAGCUGUCUGACCUGUUGCCUAAAGAGAGAACUGAGGACAAAUUUCAAGAUGGCUCAACAAUCCUCUUCGGAAGUAACUUGUGUAUUUAAGAAAAUUAUUUUUCACUUCUGCAUGAUAAAAGGCCGAGACAUUGUUUCAAAUAGCUGUGAAGACUUUUUUUUGGUGAAGUAUCUUCUAAAUGGUACAUACAUCAUGAGUUUAUUUUCAGUUGCUUAAGAGUAUGUGUUGAUGCAGCAAGGUUAAUGAAGUUCAGUGUUCAGUGAAGUUCCGCUUAGCCAGAAUACAAAUACUAAAGACAUAUCACAGUAUUAAUGAGUCACCAGGAAAAGUAGUGUGUCUGGAAUAUUGGAUUGGAAAAUAUCAUCUAAAACAACUGUGUGCACUGAAAAGAAGCCAAGCCUGUUUCAUAGCAAGAGCAGGGGAAGCAUGGGACCAAGAGAGUGGGAUUUGGCCUUGGUUUUCUGCUGAACUGCUAUGUUCAAGUAAUUUAGUUUCACUUUGCCUCAGUUUCCCCAGCUGUACCAAAAAACCAACAACCUACCUCACAGGGGUGUUGUGAGGCCAAAGCUGUUCUUUGUCAAGGGCUGGGGCUGAUGGAAGGUUCUACAGAGGACUAAAAAUCUUUAUUAAAAGAUCUUUAUAUUAGCUUUUAUUGUAGUAUUUUAAUACUAUUUUGGCAAAGGCUUAUUUCUAUGGAAUGUAAUAUACGUCCUAUUUAAGUAUUAUGUAAUUAGACUUAUUUUAGUAUGUAUGGGUAAGGAAAAAGUUCAGGCUGAGCACUCUUAACUGGUAUUUCCUCUCUCCAAUUAUCUGUGCAACCUAAAUGGCAUAUUAAUAUGAGGCUCUUUGUUUUUAUGUGGAACAUAUUAAAAUCAAUAUUGCUAUAUUUUGUAAACCCUGUGACUGAAAUAAAAUCCUGCUCACAGUUGAUAGCCAUCUC